UUCACCACGCUCUCUGUUGUUGUUAUGUCGGUAUGCUGCCUUAAUGCAAACGGUUAGAUAUGUUCCUAUACAUAUAUAUAUAUAUAAAAUUUUAUCAGUUCAGUAAAUACCUGCAAUAUUCUCUUCCUCACAGCCGUGGCUAAAUUUUGAAGCGAGCAAGAAUAUCUGGAGGAGUUUAUCAUCUUGACUGAGAUCUGUUGCUGUGAAGAUGGAGUUUGUGAAAGAAGAGAGAGAAGAGAACACGAGUGAACCAGAAACCUGCAGAAUAAAACACGAGGAACCAGAAAUAAAACACGAGGAACCAGAAACCUUCACAAUAAAACAAGAGGAAACAGAAACCUGGAGAAUAAAAGAUGAGGAACCAGAAACUUUGAGAAUAAAACACGAGGAACCAGAAACCUGCACAAUAAAACACGAGGAACAAGGAGAGUUCAUUGAAGAAAAAGAGGAAAAUGAAGAAUCGAGUGAAGUUGAGGAGAAAAAUCAUGUCAAAACUGGUGGAAAACCUUUGAUUUGCUCUCAAACCAAACAGAAAGAUUUAAAGAAAAAAAGAGUUAAGAAAUCUUUCACCUGCACUCAGUGUGGAAAGAGUUUCACAUGUAAAUCAAAUCUUAAUCGUCACAUGACAGUUCAUACUGGAGAGAAACCAUUCACUUGCGAUCAGUGCGGGAAGAGUUUCACACAAUCAUCAAACUUUAAGGAUCACAUGAACAUCCACACUAGAGAGCAGCAGCACGCAUGUGAUCAAUGCAGUAAAAUGUUUUUAUGGGCUUCACUUCUGAAGAAACACUUGAAAGCUCAUGCAAAGAAGCAGCCACAUUCAUGUAAUUUGUGUGGUAAGAGUUUUUUGCUUCUACAAAGUUUAAAAGAACAUCAGAAAAUACAUACUGGUGUGAGAGAGUACAUGUGCAUUGAGUGUGAAAAGACUUUUAGUUCAGAGAGCAUUUUAAAACUGCAUGAGAGGAUCCACACUGGAGAGAAACCUUACAAGUGUUCACACUGUGACGAGAAAUUCAGUCAUCCAUCACAUCUGAAAACACAUGAGAGGAAUCACACUGGAGAUAAACCUUACAAGUGUUCACACUGUGACGAGAAAUUCAGUCAUCCAUCACAUCUGAAAACACAUGAGAGGAUUCACACUGGAGAGAAACCUUACAAGUGUUCACACUGUGAUGAGAAAUUCAGUCAGUCAUCAAAUCUGAAAACACAUGAGAGGAUUCACACUGGAGAGAAACCGUACAAGUGUUCACACUGUGACGAGAAAUUCCGUCAUUCAUCACAUCUGAAAAGACAUGAGAGGAUUCACACUGGAGAGAAACCUUACAAGUGUUCACACUGUGACAAGAGAUUCAAUAAUUUAUUAAGUCUGAAAAGACAUGAGAGGAUUCACACUGGAGAGAAACCUUACAAGUGUACACAAUGUGACAAGAGAUUCAGUCAGUCAUCAAGUCUGAAAAAACAUGAGAGGAUUCACACUGGCGAGAAACCUUACAAGUGUUCACACUGUGACGAGAAAUUCCGUCAUUCAUCACAUCUGAAAAGACAUGAGAGGAUUCACACUGGAGAGAAACCUUACAAGUGUUCACACUGUGACAAGAGAUUCAAAAAUUUAUUAAGUCUGAAAAGACAUGAGAGGAUUCACACUGGAGAGAAACCUUACAAGUGUUCACAAUGUGACAAGAGAUUCAGUCAGUCAUCAAGUCUGAAAAAACAUGAGAGGAUUCACACUGGAAAGAAACCUUACAAGUGUUCACACUGUGACAAGAGAUUCAGUCAGUCAUCAAAUCUGAAAACACAUGAGAGGAUUCACACUGGAGAGAAACCUUACAAGUGUUCACACUGUGACAAGAGAUUCAGUCGUUCAUCAAAUCUGAAAACCCAUGAGAGGAUUCACACUGGAGAGAGCACUUCACUGCAGUGCACAUGGGAAGCGUUCCAUUGAGUCAUCUGUUAUACACAGUCAAACAAAAACCAAUCACAGUAAGGCCCUGUACACACAGAGACGCAUUUAGCUGUAUAUGUAAAUAUUUUGUAUGGUAUAUGUGUUUCGUCCAGACGGAUCCAGCAGCCGGGGAGUGAAAACCCUAUUUUCUUUAAAACAGGUCCCAAAGUGGAUAAAUCUGAAAAUGACACCUUUGCGAUUUUGUGUACUGCCAACCCAUAAUGUUUUGUAAAACAAUGAUGUCAUCACCCCAAGUCUUGACCGUAGUCAGACACCGCUACGUCAUUUAACACCAAUAACAAUGGAGGACUACAUGUUUGUGUUCAUGCUGCAGAAGCUACUGAGUCUGUAAGCUUGACUAAACUUACUAGUAGAGCUGAACGAUAUUGGGAAAAAACUCACAU